CUGUAUCUAUAAUCCUAUUUAUGUACAUUAUUUAAUCUAACCCUCUACAAGAUUCCCAUUUCCAUACAAUUUUUCUCCACAGCCCAUAUAUAUAUUCACACAUACACAUAUAUAGAUACAGAUCCUCCUUACUUCCCCUGUUUUUAUUCUGUCUGUUUUUAUAUCCCCUGUUUUCAAUCUUUGAUCAUCCGAUCAAAAUUGAUAAAAAUAACUUAUGGGUAUUUUAAAUCCGGCUCAAGAAUUGAGUUUGGAUUUCAAGCCAACUUUUAUUCCAAGAUCAAUCACUGAUUUCUUGGCUGAAAUCGCUAAAAUCGGUAAUGUAAAUUCCAAGAUUCUUAAAACAGAGGAUUUUGUUAGCAGAUUAGAGACAGAAGUGAUAAAAAUCGAUGCUUUUAAGCGGGAACUUCCUCUUUGUAUGGUUUUAAUGAAUGAUGCAAUCGAUGCAUUAAAAGAGGAAAUAAUGGUAUUUAAGAAAUCAAAAAAUGAGGUGGUACUGGAAGAGUUUAUGCCAUUUAAGAAGACUAGUGAUUAUGGUGGUGAUCAAAAAGGUGUCAGUGAUAUAGGUGAUAAGAAGAAUUGGUUGAGUUCUAUGCAGUUGUGGAAUACGAAUGACAACGAUUCGAAACAAAAUGAGAAUGAGAAAGUAGUUCAUCAAAAGAGGAAUGAGGAAGAACACAAUGUGAUGAUUGAUGAUCAAUUUUUGACCCCUUUUAAGAGCUAUAGCACGUUUUCGGUUGUGGGUACAAGGAAUGAAGAUAAGAAGGGGAAACCGGUUUCUGGGCUUUCCCUUGACACUCCUGGAAUCAAUAAUUCAAUUAGGGGAAAUGUUUUGGAUGCUAAAACUGAUGGUAGUUGUAAUCUGGUUCCUUAUUCAAUUAUGGAUGUUCAAUCAAAGUUACAGAUUGCUCAGGCUCAGGCUCAGGCUCAGGUUCAGGUUCAGCCUUCACAACAGCAGUCAUCUAGGAAACAAAGAAGGUGUUGGUCAACUGAGUUGCAUAGGCGUUUUGUUAACGCGUUGCAUCAACUUGGUGGUUCAAAAGCAGCCACCCCUAAGCAGAUUCGAGAGCUUAUGCAAGUAGAUGGUCUUACCAAUGAUGAAGUGAAGAGCCAUUUGCAAAAAUACCGACUUCAUACAAAAAGGCAUCCAUCCGCUCUUACUUCAGGUGGUUCAUGGACACCACCUCAAGAUGAUCAGUAUGUUGGGAAGCACUUAAGUUCUAAAUCGGGUUCUCCUGAUGGACCGCUACCAAACUGCACCACUGGUGGAACAUCCACCACCGGCGGUGACAGUAUGGACGAUGAAGAAGAUGAGAAAUCUGAGAACAAUUGUUGGAAAGGUCAUCUCAACAGUUCAAGCAAAAAUUAUGUAUAGAUCUUUAUAUAUCUAUAUCUACAUGGAUAAAUAUAAAAUCGCGGGAACUAAUAUGAUGUGGGAGAGCUCAUAAAAUAUUUUAUUUUUUUUAAAAGAAAAAACUAUACAGAAAGAGUGAAAUUUUGCAGGAUUAGUUCAUUCUUUUACUUAUUUUUGGUUCUAUAGAAUUUUUAUUGAUCUAAGUUGA